UUCGCAGUUUGCACCCACAGUCCACAUAAACCACACAUACGCGCGUGGAACGCUGUCAUCGCUAUCGUAAAUUCUGAUUAGAGAAACUUCCUCUUUGCUGAAAUGGCGCUAGCAACACUCCCUCUAUUCUCUUAUCCUCCGUGCCAUUGCUCUUCUUCUAUAACAACCUUUCUUCCUUCACAUUCUCGUCAUCUUCCAACCCAACCCUUCAUCUCCCCACUCACCAAAUCACAACCACCAAACAGCAACUAUUUCCUUUCCCAAUCUCGACUCUCCACCCACUGCCGCUGCACUUCCCACACGCCCAAUCUCGACUUUCAAGACGUCAGACUUGUCACUUUGUUUCAAGAAAUCGGUAUCAGCUUUGAGGAAGCCAAUUUGCUCUUGAGCAAUGCUUCCGAACUGACCUUGAUACGACUAGAUUUAUUGCGGGAUCGCAUUCUUUCUUUAAAAUCUCUUGGGUUAGGUCGUAUGUCCAUCAAUCUCGUAGUUACAAAGCAAUUAAAUAUGCUAACUUCAAAUGAAAUUGACCCACUGUUAAACUUUAUGAGAAAUGAAUUGCAAGGACUGGUUGAGGAAGCCAAGGUGAAACUUCUUUUAUCGGCUAAUGAGCCGAAAGAGUUAUCUGAUUUUCUUCAGAAGGUUCAAUUGCUUAUUGACAGUGGAAUUGGGGUUGAUAAGAUUGCACAUGUGCUUAACAGAGUGAGUUUGUCAAAGGCAAUUUUUCAUAAGUCACUGGAAGAAAUUGAAAGAGUAAUUAGUUUCUUAAAACCAUUUGGUGGCGUUGAUUUGAUUGUGAAGCGCCCUGCAACUCUCAACUAUGAUUUGGAUAGUCAGCUGAAACCAAGAUUCAGGGUUCUUACCGAGUUAAGUGGCGGAGAUGAGGAUAGUGUUGGGAAAAUGGUGAAUAAGCUCCCUAAGAUCUUGAAUUCUAGGGCGGAACAUCUUGAGGAACAUAUAGAGUUAUUGAGGUCUUUUGCAGAACUUGAUGAUCAACAAAUAUUUAAGAUAGCGUUGCUGUCUCCAACUAUCUUCACUCUUAGUAGAGAGAGGAAACUGCGUCCUAGAAUACAAUUUCUCAAGGAUUGUGGGUUAGACUCGAGCGCUGAUAUCUUUAAAUUCUUUAUCAAAGCACCGGUGUUUUUGUGCGUUUCGUUCCGCAAUAACCUUGCUCAUAAGCUUGUGUUUUUGGUCAAGAUUGGGUAUGAAUAUAGGACAAAAGAGUUGGCAAUGGCGAUCGCGAAUUCUACUAGAAUAAGCUGUGCGGGUAUGCAGAAGAUGGCGAGUGUAUACUUGAAUUACGGGUUGUCGUCUGAUGACAUUUUUUCUACGAGUGAGAAGCAUCCACCGACACUGCAGAGGAUUAAGUACUACUCCGACCUUAUUUAUAAGUAAAGAUUCCGUUUUUAGGUUCAUUGAAUAAUGAAUGUAUCUGAUUUACUAUGCAGACCACAUACAUUCAUUACUCAAUGAAUCUAAAAAAGGAAUAAGGCCGGAGAGAGUAUUUGACAGAGGAGAUGGAUCGUGACAUUCAGGAGUUGUUGGAUUUUCCUGCAUUUGUUGGAUACAAGUUAGAUGACAGAAUUAAGUAUAGGUAUGAAAUAAAGAAGGAUUCAUGCGGGGGGGACAAAUGUCCAUCAAUCAGCUUUUAGUUGUUUCGAAUAAGAACUUCGCCGCUCGGCUGAAAAAGGCUUCUGUAAAAUCUAAAUUUCUUUUUCCGUGUACAUUAGUUUUUCUGUCCUUAUUUAUUUUGUUGUACUCCUUAUGACUCAAUGCCUUUCAUCCCAAAAUAAGUUCAAGAAGAAGAGUAUAUUUUGUUAGAUAGAAGAGAAGAAUAAAAAAAUAAAGUGACAUCAAGACAAUAGUGUGUUUUAGAAGUAGCCUAGUUCUACUGUAAAAUUAUUUAUUAUUCACUAACAACUGCUGCUAAUAUUUCCUGCUUUGCGGUGGACAUACUGUAAUCAUGUUAUUUGAAUCUUUGGGAGAAACAUGGGAAGUUAGUGUGAAAAUCUUAUGCUAUAAAUUUUGCAAGCAAUAAAAAGUGUAUCUGGACCACGGUUGAAGAUUGAAUAAAUUAUGGAUGCCUCAAGAUAGAGGGAAGAGACCUAAAUGAAAAAGAAGACAUUUGGUCAAUUCCUCACACUCAGGGGACCAAAUAUUGCCACCCCCUAUUCCAA